CGGAUCUUCUUUCCUACCGUGGGCUCCAUAAUCAUCUCCUCCCUUGCAUGGGAAUAUUCUCAUCCAAGAGGCUCCUAAGCGGGAUCUGACACUGUUCAACUCCGAGAACUCGCUUCCACGGGCAAGCUGGUCAUACGCCUCGAAAAUCAGUCCGCGUUGGCUCACAGAAUGCUCUUAUCUGGCUCGUCGAACCAGAGAUGGAGCGCCAAGUGCCACGCUAUGGUGCGGCAGUUGGCCUUCUGUGUGCUCAGCAACUCGAUUGGGCUUUAAGCUGGCAGCUGGCCCUCGGCCCCUUGUACCUAUCGUCCCCUAUCUCCCACGUGGCCUACGAUGGCGACAUUUGUUCUCCGAUACUUGGACGAGCGUGAACCUCCUAUCGAGCAUCGUGUCCACUUGAUACCGCUCACCACUAUGGUCGACAGGAAGACAUGGAUGUGGGCCGCAUAAGGAUGUUUGUCGAUAUGAGGUGAUUGUACAAGCAUACUAAGUUAAGACCACUAAAGAAAUAACUGAUGGCCAAGUACACCGGCCUUAUCCAGAACGAGUGGAACCACUAACAUACUUCUACCGUUGCCCAAAUCACAUUGCUUUGCGCCGGCGCGGCCAGCAGCCUCAACCGCAGCUAACGCAGAUCAUUGCAGGCCCCCUGCGGCUUGAUCGCAAAACUCCGCAUUCGAUACUCACAUGGACCAUAGAAGCACAGAUAUCAACUGGCGGCGAACGGACAACACCUUUGCCUCUGCAUUAAGGCCCUUGGUGUCGAUACAUACUCUUUACCGUUACAGCCCUUAUCUCGUCAACCACUUGCGUCGAAAAGCUAGCACUAGGUUGUCUGCUGCCGAUAACGAUGGGUUCCCGACGGAACCAGAACCAUACUUCUAUAAGACACGUCCGUCAUCCCAGGAAAUCCUUCCGUCUUGCUCCUGCGGAGGUUGCUCCUGUUUCGAACCCGUGCCUUGAAGAUGGCCGACGUAGAGAAGAUCCCGGUCCAGGUUAUUGAACCAACCCUCGAUCCUCAACCAAAAUCUUCCACGAACCUCCUCGACCGCAUUAAAGGCAGUACAAAUGAUCCCGAUGCGCUUGGGAGGGAGUUGUUGCAGAAGGCUCUUGAGUUUGAUGAAGCUCAACUUGAACGAGAUGCAGUCAAAGUUCGCCGGAAGCUUGACUGGAUUGUCAUCCCUAUGAUGAUGACAACCUAUAUGCUAAGCUUCCUAGACAAGCAGACGCUCAACUAUUCGAACGCAUACGGACUUCAAGAGGAUACUCAUAUGAAAGGAAAUGACUAUUCGUGGGUCGCAUCGGCACUAUAUUUCGGGUGGCUCCUUGGUGCAUACCCAUGGAACGUCAUCCUCCAACGCUACCCCAUCGGCCGAACGAUUGGAUAUAUGCUUUUCAUCUGGGGUGCUGUCUGCAUGCUUCAAGCCGCUGUCUUUAACUUUUCUGGCUUCUUUGCUAUUCGCUUCUUCUUGGGGAUGGUGGAGGGUUGUAUAUCACCAGCUUUCGUCCUGCUGACCUCUAUGCUAUGGACGAGAGAAGAACAAGCACUCCGAACGUCCUUUUGGCUGUCGACAAACGGAGUUUCCUCGAUCCUUGGUGCCUUGCUUGCGUACGGAAGCGGCCAUGCAGCUCAUCUUGCGGUCCCCAACUGGAAGUUGAUCUAUUUGAUUGUCGGAGCUAUGACAUUCUUCUGGGGCUUCGUCAUCGUUCUCUACUUACCCGACGGAGCUCAUAACGCCAAGAUGUUGACAGAAUAUGAACGAAUGGUGGCUGUCUGGCGUGUGUCGAAGAAUCAGAUGGGCAUCAAACACCACAAAAUUGUUCGCGGCCACAUCAAGGAGGCACUGCUCGACCCAAAGACCUACCUCGUCAUACUCAUGGGUACUUGCACGGGGAUUUUGAACGGCGCCGUGGCAAACUUCUUUUCUGCUUUGAUCAAGGGCUUCGGGUUCGAUGCGCUCCGAACGACUCUGCUUCAGACGCCCGGUGGCGCCUUUGAAAUCAUUGGGUGUAUGGGCUUUGGCUGGGUGGCGACCAAGAAGAAUCUUUUGGGCAUCACCAUCAUCAUUUCAUGCCUGCCCGGAAUUGCCGGCUUGAUUGGUCUCUUGACCGUCAACAUCAAACAUCGAUAUGGGCUGGUAGCUUGUUGCUGGCUACAAAACGUCCUUGGAGCGCCUAUUAUCCUGGGAUGGACUCUGCCAGGUGUCAAUGUGGCAGGGCAUACCAAGAGAACUGCCGUCGUCGGAAUCUUCUUCGUAUUCUAUUGUGCCGGAAACAUCGCAGGCCCACACCUGUUCACACCCUCCGAAGCGCCUCGAUAUUUCACCGCUAUCAAAGGAUUACUGGGCACCUACUGCGCGCUCUGCUUCCUGCAAGUCAUCUACACGGCCUUGUGUUACUUUGACAACAGGGCGCGCGAUGCCAAGGGCCUCCACGCCGAGAGGCAGCAAGAAGAGCUGCUGGAGGGCUUUGAAGAUCUCACGGAUAAGCAGAACUUGCAUUUCAGGUACAAGAUUUGAAUGGAAGUUGACCAGUUGGGGUGAAUGGACUGAGGACCAAGCUGUGACGGUCGCGUAUCGCUGCGGCAAACAUCGAAUCCGCCUUGGCUAACAUCGGCAUCCGAGAGAGAGGUUGGUAUAUAGAGUGCAUGGAAUCGGAUAUGUGAUUUACCUCGUACGAGAAGCCUGUUCGUUGAUCCAAUUCGGCUCUUUGGUGAGUAUUUCUCGGUCGUUGGGAAGGCCCCGAUCCUACGAUAAGGAAAUGGAAUGGGUGAAGUCGAUAUUCAGAUCGGAGAUCAGGG